AUGGUUAGCUUUCGCUACGUGUUCGCUACAGUGGUGAUUGUGUUUGGCUCGUCGUUUCAAUUUGGUUUUCAGACUGGAGUUAUUAAUAGUCCUCUCCCGCUAAUUGAAAAAUUUAUCGUAAACAUAUGUGAAGACAGAAGCGGUACACCUUCUUCAGAGUUUGUUCAGGCAAUGAGCAGCCUCGUUGUUGCUGGUUUCCCCAUAGGCGGAAUAUUCGGCGCAGUGUUCGGCGGUUCCGUUUCAAAUAAGAUGGGGCGGAAGCUGUCACUUUUUAUUUUCAACAUUCCCAUGGCCGUUGGGUCUCUCUUGAUGAUGGCGUGUCAGGCUGCUUUUAGCUUUGAAAUGAUCAUCGUUGGUAGAGUGCUUGUCGGAUUUGCAUGUGGCGCUUUCACCGGAAUAGCACCAGUAUACCUUGCGGAAAUCGCUCCAAUCAAUAUUCGUGGCAUGUCAGGAAUAAUGCACCAAUUGGCCGUUGUUAGUGCCAUCUUAUUUUCGCAAAUUCUCGGUUUGAAAGAAGUAAUGGGAUCAGCAAAACUCUGGCCUUAUCUCUUCGACAGCCCUCGCUACAUUCUCUUAAAUAGUCAGGAUCUCGAGGGCGCGAAAUCCGCCCUUUACUGGCUUAGAGGCGAUGCAGAAGUCGUUGAUGAGGAGAUUGCAGGGCUCUUGGCUGAACAGGAGGACGAAGGCGAGAACCGUACUGUAAACUUCCCUUUGAAAGACCUCUUUCGCAUCAAAGCCUUGCGUUUGGCUCUCUUCGUUGCUGUUGUAGCCCACUUGGCCCAGCAAUUUUCUGGAAUCAAUGCGGCUCUCUUCUACUCCACUUCGCUAUUUGAGAGUAUUGGGCUUACUUCACAGGCCGUGUAUGCGACUUUGGGCGUGGGCUCAAUGAUUGUCGUGAUUACUGUGGUUUCUGUUUUCCUUAUCGAACGUGUCGGUCGACGAAACCUCUUUAUAGGUGGGCUUAGUGUGAUGCUUUUCAGCGCCGUCAUCAUCACCAUUGGCUUGGCUCUUCGCAGUCACGCCUACGGUCUUAUCUAUCUUGCCAUCACUUUUGUCUACAUCUUUGUCGGUGGCUUCGCCAUUGGACCGGGUUCAAUACCGUGGUUUGUGGUGGCUGAGAUGUUUGUACAGGAGACACGUGAUCCCGCCAUUGUGAUCACAGUCAUCGUCAAUUGGCUUGCCCAAAUUGUUAUCAGCCUGGGAUACCCUCCGCUUUUGGCAAGUUUUAUCACUUUUUCCAUGAUAGCGCUCUCCUUAACCUUAGUAAAAUACCUAAAGGACUUCUCAUUCAUGCCGUUCAUUGGUCUGUUGGUGAUCUUCAUCGCUCUGCUCUACUUCUUUCUGCCAGAGACGAAAGGCCGAGCCCCUAGUGAUGUUCAGGAUGAAUUUGUGCGCAUGACCGGUGGCGCAGGGGACGACGCCACUCUUGGCUCCUAUACUCGCUCCCUCCCCAGUGAGAAUGGCGACAGUGAGUGA